AGGAUUUGAAGAACAUCAGAACUUGAUGCGUUACAAAUCCUAGUUCACCAAAUGAUUCCUCUUUUACACUUUUCUUGUUUUUCUAUUGUUUUAUUCACAAUUACAUAGGCCUAAUUAUUUUGCCGGUGUACGCUGGAUCAAUAUUGCCGACCAGCGUUUUUCAACCAACCAAUCGUCAGCAUACCUGCCCCUCCUCAGUUUACCGGGCGAUGCCAGAGCUCUACCAUCCGCGCAAUUACCGCGCUAUAGUGCGACCGAUGAAUCGUUCUGCGUAACACGACCACGCCUUAUAGUGCAUUCGGUAUGCGGUCUCUGGUGCAUUGCAUUAUAGCGUGUUUUUGGUGCUAUAACCAUUAUUGAUUUAUGUAGAUGCAAAUGAAAUGACAGCUGUUGGUCAGUGACAUUGUGAACGCGGACGGAAAGUGAAGGUUGUAAGAGAUAUUGUGCAAUACUGUCAAUAAGUAGUGAGUACGGUACCGGGAUACCCCAAGACUGCAUUCACUCGCAUCCUCAAGUCCCCCAUCUCUCAACAUGACUACGACAAGGUUGGCUGUUGUGUGCUUCCUGUAUAGUCUACAUCUCAUGGUGCUAGGUGACGACGUGAAGGAUGUGAAGCCGUGUACCUCCGAUGCCAAUACUACAUUCAGUAUCACCUGCCCGGAACAGGAGAUGAUGUAUUUCAUCGAUACAAAUGUGCAAGAGAUGACAGAUGACUGUAAGCCUGGCAGCUGCUCUACCCGAUACUACAUCAGUUCUGACACUGACUGCACCGGUGUCAGAGGGUGUAACAAGACGGUGAGGAAAAGCUGGGUAGAAGACAGUUGUAACAAGGCGAACUUCUAUCAACCUACGUUACUUUAUGAGUGUAUUUCUGAGACCCCACUUGACAUCUGCAGUUUGGGCGGAGUUGCAUCCGGGCCGGACAGUUACUUGUAUCUGAAGUCUCCAAACUACCCAGGGAACUAUACCGUAGACUACCCAAACAAGACCUGCACCUGUGAGAUCCGGGGAGCGGGAAUGACAAUGCAGGUCAUUGAGGCCCUGAUCCAGCCCCGCGCCAACGACACCGACAAAUAUACCAUGACUGCAGGUUCCAUCGUCCAUCCCAGAGCUGGAGAAGUUAACACUGUUUCGGGACUUAGAUAUUCUGGUACAAAUCCAUUUUCUGCUUGGGAAUUGAAGAAUGUGAAGCAGGUGCAGUUGGUGUACAAUGCCGGGGGGAAGGAGGGCAAAGACGGCAACUACUUGUGGAUGAGAGUGAAGGGCACAUCAGCCACAACCGUGUCUUGCAAUGGAGCUCCGCAUCCAAGCGCACCUGCACCAACCAACACAGUCAGACCAACCAACACAGUCAGCCCAACCAACAAAGCCGCUCCAACCUACACCGGCCAUCCUAAGCUGACAUUGACCAGUCUGGUUGCUAUGGUUACUGCCGUUGUGAUGUCCAGUGCUGCCUAACUCAAGGACUACUGUAGGUGACAUCAUCCACAAGACCAAGCCGUGUACUGAAGCACGACGAGUUUAAUGUUGUUUAUGUUAAUAAUAUAAAACCAGUGCCGACACUAAACAUAAAGUUUGGAAUCAAUGAUGAUAAUCAGUUGACAUUACAUGUUUUGUUGGUGUAUUCAUGCGCUUGUCAUGUUUCAGGACUGAUGACACGGCAAAAGAAGAUUGGUUGGAAUCCUUCUAUAACCAAAUAUAUAUUUCUUUUAUACCACAUACAUGCUUUACUGAACAAUUACAGAAGAUUGGUUGGAAUCCUUCUAUGCCGGAAUAUAUAUUUCUUUUAUACCACAUACAUGCUUUACUGAACAAUUACAGAAGAUUGGUUGGAAUCCUCCUACCCUGGAAUAUAUAUUUCUUUUAUACCAGAUACAUGCUUUACUGAACAAUUACAGAAGAUUGGUUGGAAUCCUUCUAUGCCGGAAUAUAUAUUUCUUUUAUACCACAUACAUGCUUUACUGAACAAUUACAGAAGAUUGGUUGGAAUCCUUCUAUGCCGGAAUAUAUAUUUCUUUUAUACCACAUACAUGCUUUACUGAACAAUUACAGAAGAUUGGUUGGAAUCCUUCUAUGCCGGAAUAUAUAUUUCUUUUAUACCAGAUACAUGCUUUACUGAACAAUUACAGAAGAUUGGUUGGAAUCCUUCUAUGCCGGAAUAUAUAUUUCUUUUAUACCACAUACAUGCUUUACUGAACAAUUACAGAAGAUUGGUUGGAAUCCUUCUAUGCCGGAAUAUAUAUUUCUUUUAUACCACAUACAUGCUUUACUGAACAAUUACAGAAGAUUGGUUGGAAUCCUUCUAUGCCGGAAUAUAUAUUUCUUUUAUACCACAUACAUGCUUUACUGAACAAUUACAGAAGAUUGGUUGGAAUCCUUCUAUGCCGGAAUAUAUAUUUCUUUUAUACCACAUACAUGCUUUACUGAACAAUUACAGAAGAUUGGUUGGAAUCCUCCUACCCUGGAAUAUAUAUUUCUUUUAUACCAGAUACAUGCUUUACUGAACAAUUACAGAAGAUUGGUUGGAAUCCUUCUAUGCCGGAAUAUAUAUUUCUUUUAUACCACAUACAUGCUUUACUGAACAAUUACAGAAGAUUGGUUGGAAUCCUUCUAUGCCGGAAUAUAUAUUUCUUUUAUACCACAUACAUGCUUUACUGAACAAUUACAGAAGAUUGGUUGGAAUCCUUCUAUGCCGGAAUAUAUAUUUCUUUUAUACCAGAUACAUGCUUUACUGAACAAUUACAGAAGAUUGGUCAGAAUCCUUCUAUGCAGGAAUAUAUAAUUCUUUUAUACCAGAUACAUGCUUUACUAAACAAUUACAGAAGAUUGGUCAGAAUCCUUCUAUGCCGGAAUAUAUAUUUCUUUUAUACCAGAUACAUGCUCUACUGAAGAAUUACAGAAGAUUGGUUGGAAUCCUUCUAUGCCGGAAUAUAUAUUUCUUUUAUACCACAUACAUGCUUUACUGAACAAUUACAGAAGAUUGGUUGGAAUCCUUCUAUGCCGGAAUAUAUAUUUCUUUUAUACCAGAUACAUGCUUUACUGAACAAUUACAGAAGAUUGGUUGGAAUCCUCCUACCCUGGAAUAUAUAUUUCUUUUAUACCAGAUACAUGCUUUACUGAACAAUUACAGAAGAUUGGUUGGAAUCCUUCUAUGCCGGAAUAUAUAUUUCUUUUAUACCACAUACAUGCUUUACUGAACAAUUACAGAAGAUUGGUUGGAAUCCUUGUAUGCCGGAAUAUAUAUUUCUGAUACCACAUACAUGCUUUACUGAACAAUUACAGAAGAUUGGUCAGAAUCCUUCUAUGCAGGAAUAUAUAAUUCUUUUAUACCAGAUACAUGCUUUACUAAACAAUUACAGAAGAUUGGUCAGAAUCCUUCUAUGCCGGAAUAUAUAUUUCUUUUAUACCAGAUACAUGCUCUACUGAAGAAUUACAGAAGAUUGGUUGGAAUCCUUCUAUGCCGGAAUAUAUAUUUCUUUUAUACCAGAUACAUGCUUUACUGAACAAUUACAGAAGAUUGGUUGGAAUCCUUCUAUGCCGAAAUAUAUUUCUUUUAUACCAGAUACAUGCUUUACUGAACAAUUACAGAAGAUUGGUUGGAAUCCUUCUAUGCCGGAAUAUAUAUUUCUUUUAUACCACAUACAUGCUUUACUGAACAAUUACAGAAGAUUGGUUGGAAUCCUUCUAUGCCGGAAUAUAUAUUUCUUUUAUACCACAUACAUGCUUUACUGAACAAUUACAGAAGAUUGGUUGGAAUCCUUAUAUGCCGGAAUAUAUAUUUCUUUUAUACCACAUACAUGCUUUACUGAACAAUUACAGAAGAUUGGUUGGAAUCCUUCUAUGCUGUGGAAUAUAUAUUUCUUUUAUACCACAUACAUGCUUUACUGAACAACUACAGAAGAUUGGUUGGAAUCCUUCUAUGCCGGAAUAUAUAUUUCUUUUAUACCACAUACAUGCUUUACUGAACAAUUACAGAAGAUUGGUUGGAAUCCUUCUAUGCCGGAAUAUAUAUUUCUUUUAUACCACAUACAUGCUUUACUGAACAACUACAGAAGAUUGGUUGGAAUCCUUCUAUGCCGGAAUAUAUAUUUCUUUUAUACCACAUACAUGCUUUACUGAACAACUACUUUGCUUUCCUUCACCGCGUGAGACGUAGAGCAGUUUAAAAGGGAAACAACUUUUGGGGUGUGAUAUAUUGAAGCAGCACCCACCUCUCUCACACCCUAAGACCCCUGCAGUCUCGAACUCCAUCUCUUCAUAUACUGAGGCAAAAGUAACUGAUCCGAUAAAUUUGUUGGUGACUGAAAACUAUGCUUGUCAUAAGAGGCAACAACCUGGAUUGGGUGGUCAGGCUCACCGUUAUUAACAGACUGCCAUCAUAUAGCUAGAAUAUUGCUGAAUGUGGUGUUAAACAAAAAACCAACAAUUGGGGCCACUGUAUUGUCAAUACAGUCCAUCAGAUCAUAAGCUUGAGUUUACAGUUUGGGCAAUUGAAUGAUUGGGUUUAUCACAAGUGUGUCACAGGUGUAUCACAGGUGUAUCGCAGGGGUAUCACAGGUGUAUCGCAGGGGUAUCACAGGGGUAUCGCAGGGGUAUCACAGGGGUAUCACAGGGAUUAGAUGACUGGGUGAAUGAAUCCCUGUUUGGGGAUUAGCUGCGGAAACAGUGGAGGUCAGUUCAAUUACCCGGGGUAGUUAUAAUUUGAAUAAGUAUAAGCACAUUUCCAAUUUUUGUAACCAGUGAAUUGGAACGUUUGUUCUGAAAAACAUUAGCAUUGUGAUCAUAACCAGGGUGGCAUUAUAGCCUGGGAAUUUUGUGCAGAAAUCUG